UCCAGGGCUGGGCUCCUCCUUCUCCUCCUCUUCCAGCCGGGAUCAGAGUCAGGUGGGGCCGCUUGGCUCCAAACGCUGAGCCCGGAGGAGCAGCAGCAAGAGAGGACUCCCCUCCGCCUGGGAAGAAGGAGCCUCGACACAGGGCUGAAAAAACCCAGCAUCACCCUCUCCUUCUGAUGCCUUGGAUUCUGGAGGUGUCCCAGCACCCCUUGGGCUGACCACACCGCACUGGCCAACACCGCUGUAUUGGUGCAAGAGACGGCCGAGCCAUGGCGACAGCCUGUGCCUCGAGACCCUUCCAGGACGUGACAUGGAGGGCUCUGACCCUCCUGACCCCCCCAUAUUAGGCUUGCCCUGCCAAAAUAUGGGUCGGGAAGCAUGCCCUUUGGAAAGCGAGGGGUCUGCUGUUGGGGGCUUGCUCUUGCUAGCACUGAAUGGACAUCGAGAGCCCAAGCGACGCCGGUUGGAGAAUGGAGACUCCGAGGGCGAAGGAGCGGCCAAGCGCCACCGAGGGCCUGAUCCAGGCGAAAGCCGUGUCCCCAUCAGCCGGUUGGCCUUGGACUAUGUGGUGCCUUGCAUGAACUUAUAUGGGAUUUGUGUCAAAGACUCGUUUCUUGGGGAGGCUUUGGGCGACCAGAUCUUGGCAGAAGCAGAAGGUCUCAAUCGCAGUGGGAAGUUCCACGACGGGCAGCUGGUGAGCCAAAGGACGGUGCCCUCCCGCAGCAUCCGGGGAGACCAAAUCGCCUGGGUGGAAGGCCGGGAGCCUGGUUGCCAAGCCAUCGGCAUACUCAUGGCACGCAUAGACGAGCUCAUCAUGCACUGUGCUGGCAAGCUGGGCGGGUAUGAUAUUAAUGGUAGGACCAAGGCCAUGGUGGCAUGUUACCCUGGCAACGGCAUGGGUUACGUGCGACACGUGGACAACCCUCAUGGAGACGGGCGCUGCGUCACGUGCAUUUAUUACCUAAACCGGCAGUGGGAUAGCAAGGUCCAUGGCGGCAUCUUGCAGAUCUACCCCCAAGGCCGACAGGUGGUGGCAAAUAUCGAACCCAUCUUUGACCGGCUGCUCAUCUUCUGGUCUGACCGACGCAACCCGCAUGAAGUGAAGCCAGCCUAUGCUACGAGGUACGCCAUCACAGUCUGGUAUUUUGACGCCAAGGAGCGGGCAGAAGCCAAAGGAAGACACCAGCUGGCCUGUGCUCAGAAGGGAGGACCUGCUUCUGCAACCCAGACCCAGACGCAGGCACAGAUGAAUGGACCCACAUGACAGACAUCUGGAGGGUACUGCGGAGACCUGGGUGCCAAAGAGCUUCCCCUUUCUUUGGCCAUUUCAAGCUGCCCGUUGCCGCUGCCCGUGUCUGCUGCUGCCGCUGUUGCUGCUGCUCCUUUGCAACCUUGGCUGGAGGCAGAUGGAGGCUGUCUGGUCAUAAUCCAGGAGGAAGAGGGUUGCAGAAGGAGAUGUGGACCCCGAGGAGGAAGGGUGCACACACCUCUGUGUCUGUGUUUAGUUGCGUGGCCGGUGUCACUUGGGGACAACCCUUUUGUUGGAGUCGGUUUUGCAUUUCUUCAGAUGAUUGAGGUGUCUCCAUAUAGUAAGGGGGCACCUUUUCCACUCAUGUGUCUCCUCCCUGCUAUCCCCAGCACUGCUCUGUUUGCUUGGUCUUGUUCAUUUGAAUCCCUUUGUGAUUCACCAGAGAGCAGGGAAGGAGGGAGUGAGGCAGAGGAGAGGGAAAGGGCCACAAAAGGGCACUCUUGAGCUGACUUUGGAAGGUGAGGCCUGGUGGGUUUGGGGAGAGUGAGAAGGAACCGGUGUUUGGACUCUUUGAGAUAGGAUGGGAAUAAACAUUACCACAUGAAAAUA